CCAACAUGCAACUACCCCGUCGCGUCCCUUGGACUUCGAUCGCAGAACUGGAUCAAGUUUGCGCUUGGAUAUAUGAAGAUGAAAACGAUUUGGACUCAAAAAUCCUCGCUCUCAACAAGCUGACGGCGUGGAAAGUGAUCACUGCUUUGCCUCAUGCGAUAGAAUCCACCCUUGCAUUCUUAGUCGUCUUUUUGGAUGACUCUGGCCCAAAGAAAGCGACUUUUUCCUUGUCUCUGCGACAAAACUAUGCGGCAGCUGUCAUCCGCCUCGUCAAUGGUUUGGUGGAUCCCUUACAACUCGGAGCCUACGCGAGAUCUAUAGCAUCAAUAUCCCACCAACUAGGUCUACCAUUGUGGCUUGUCGAACUUCGGCACGCUUCUACACAUGAAGAUCUACCGUCACUUGAAUUGUUAAGAGAAGGCGCUCGACAGUCCAUGACGUGGCUCUUGCAUAACUAUUGGCUACCCACAGUAAAUCCUUAUACUGCACCCAUACCACAAACCACCUUGCGUUCUAUAGUCCUGGUCUUGAAGGAGUAUAAAAUGUUACUCAAAGAGACGAUACGCGACGAAUCGUUGAAGAAUCGGAACAAACUUGCCAUCUCAAAUGUCCUCAAAGAUGUUGAGAGGUGGAUUGCUGAAGCCAAGGUAGCAGCGAAUGUUUCCAUUGGUGACUUAGGAUGGGAGAAUGUAUCCGCUAAUAAUCAAGACACCAAGGAGCGAUUCGCGCUGGAGAAGUUAUCUGAUGAAAUGUUGGCAAGAGGUAUCCUGGUUCCUCUAUCAAAAAAGAAACGCACAUUUCCUCCGGAUUUGUUUCAUCCACCUGGUUUUUCUGUUCAGCUAUGGACUCCCCUUCUAGUCCAUCUACAAACGGCGCACCCCGAUUUUCCCAGUGUCCUUGUCAAUCGAAUUCUGUCCUGUCUUUUAUCUGAACAAGAAGGCACUUCCACUGACUCGAAAAACUCUUCAUAUCAUGCGUGCCUCGCUCGUUGGGUGAAGUGGAUAAUUGAUAACUGGGAUCGCGAUGAUCCUGAUAUGGAAGUCAGUAUGAGGAGAGAAGUAGUUGUCUCAUUAAUCACAGCGCUUGGUCCCGGGACAUCUCUCGCCAGAAAGAAUGCACCUUCUGAACUUCUGCAGGUUCUUUGUGACGGCAACGAGGAUUUAGAGACUGCAAUCAAAUGGCUCCACUCCGGUGACGCUCCACCUUCAUCACUUUGGAAGAACGAAGACAUGCUGAUUAUGAACCACCGACUAGAGACCCUCCUUAGCGUCACUCACGAAGAUGCGCAAAGACCUGCGCUGAUGCCUGGUUCAGGUGUAGUUGUUGAUCUUGACUUCUCCGCACCAGGAUGGCGAUCAUUGGAUGAACACUCCGGUUGGAAACCGUGCCCGAUCGGAGUGCACCGAGAAGCUUUGCUUUGACCUUUCGCAUUUGAUAUAUAAGGGUAUCAUUAUCGUCAGGGUGUAGAACUACAUUGUUCAUAUCGUAAUACUUCAAACCAGAGA